UGCACUUCUCCUUUGUCCGACCCACCGCGGCGCUUGCCGAUUUUUCCCUAUCGCUGUACCCUGGUUACUAGAGGUAUAACUCGUAAGUUAACCAGCACUUGGGUUCCGGAUGAAUCAUUAGGCGCUGGCCAGACAAAUGGAGUCGCUCUUUGGUUGGGAUACACCAUUCAAAAUCUAUAGCAGCAGGAGAGCAAGAAAAGGAAGAACUGCAAAAGAAAGGUGGCCUAACAGAUUGCACUAUAAUUACAAGCAUCUUCCGCCACUCUGGACUAUGAGUCACAUCUCAGCAUACCUCCUCAAGCUUCCCUUCCCAAAUACAUCCCUCGUUUCCUUAAGCCUCUUCUGUCAGGAAAAGAGUAUGCAGUGGACGUGGUAUUGCUUGAUUCUCGGUGACCUCUUUGCUCUCCUCGUCCGCUUCCACACCGGAGAAUGGUCUCCCCAAGCACGGUACUUUCUCGUGUGCUCGCACUUGGCCUUGUGGGCUCGAGUCUUGCAAACAACACUACUGUGACCUCCUAUAUCGAAUCCUCUGACAGCGGCCCCGGGAUGAACCUGACGGUUUCGAUGGAUGUGGUGAAUGCCGACUACGCGUAUCUCUACGACAAUACAACCACCAUUGAGGACCUUACCAAGCGCACCGGAAUCACCACCACGGUCGCCGCGUACACAGUGGCCAAGGUCACUUCCGAAGUGAUCAUCACCGCCGCUUCCGCGAUCACGAUCUACGAGUUCAUCGCCGGGGUGAUCAAAUCCAAGUCUGAUGCCAACUCCUGCACCAUCACCUACGGCACCGACUCGGAUGGCAGCCACACCGAGGGUUAUGCCUACAAAGCCUCCACCACCGGCAGCAACUGCGACACGACUGCGGAGCUAAAAACGAUUCGUUCUGCGACGGAAAAGUGUGCCACCACUCUCAGUACCAUGGGCGCCGUGCGCGGCUGCUGUACAAUGACCCAUGGAGGCACUUGGGAGGGCCAUCUCCGCUUGUCCGGGGAUCCGACCAGUUAUCCUGUGACGACUGUGACAUGUUAGAUGGCAGAUUGGGAUCAGAAGAUGAAAACUAUGAGAUAAAAUGAAGAGCUGCAGCAGUGAGGGGGGAAAAACAUCAGGAAAAUAGCGG